CCUCCUCCUUCUCUCUCCUCCUCUCCUCAUCUUCCUUGUCUUCACCUCAUCUUCUUCCUCUCCCGCCUCCCGCUCCUCCCCUUACCUUCCGCCUUUCAACACGGCCUGCACCCUUACACCUCACCACCAUGGAGGCCGUUCACGACAGUCCCCCUCCCUACGCCACCGAUGGCAUUGACGAGAAGAAGGAGGAUAUCAGCCAGGUGGAGCAGAACCUCAAGCCGGGCCUGGAGGAGUCCGACGCUUUCGGUAAUGAGGAGUUUGCGGAAAUCAAGUACAAGACCUUGAAGUGGUGGCAAUGUGGACUGCUCAUGAUUUGCGAGUCUGUCUCGCUGGGUGUGCUCUCGCUACCCGCCGCCGUUGCAACCCUGGGUUUCGUCCCGGCCAUCAUCCUCAUCGUUGGUCUCGGAAUUCUCGCGACCUACACCGGUUACAACAUUGGAUUGUUCAGAGAACGCUACCCCCACAUUCAGAACCUCGCCGAUGCGGGAGAAAUCCUGAUGGGCCCUUUUGGCCGUGAACUCUUCGGCCUGGGCCAGUUCCUCUUCUGCAUCUUCGUCAUGGGCAGCCACCUCCUGACCUUCCGUGUCAUGAUGAACACCAUCACCGAACAUGGCACCUGCUCCAUCGUCUUCAGUGUGAUCGGCAUGGUCAUUUCCAUGGUCCUCUCCAUUCCCCGUACCAUGAAGGGCAUGACCUGGAUUUCCUUUGCCUCUUUCCUCAGUAUCUUCAGUGCUGUGAUGAUUACCAUGAUCGGUGUGGGUGUGGAGAAGCACCCCGGUCGCAUCAUCGAGGCCACUGUCGACACCAACCUCUACACGGCCUUCACCGCCGUCUCCAACAUUGUCUUCGCCUACUGUGCGCACGUCGCUUUCUUCGGUCUUAUCGCCGAGAUGGAGCAGCCCAAGGACUUCAAGAAGUCGCUGUUCAUGCUGCAGACCUUUGAAAUCAGUCUGUACGUGACUGCUGCCUGCGUCAUCUACUACUACGUCGGCAAGGAUGUGCAAUCUCCCGCUCUCAGCUCUGCUGGUCCUCUUCUGAAGAAGAUUGCCUAUGGAAUUGCCAUUCCCACCAUUGUCGGUGCCGGUGUCGUUAAUGGUCACAUUGGCUUGAAGUACAUCUACUUCCGCACUUGCUCCAAGUCGGGUCUCAUCCACAGCCGUAGCCGCCGCUCGGUCCUUGUCUGGAUCGCCUUGGGCUUGGCCUGCUGGCUGGUUGCCUGGAUUAUCGCCGAGGCCAUCCCUGUCUUCAGCGACCUCAACUCUCUGAUUAGCGCUCUCUUCGCUAGUUGGUUCAGUUAUGGUCUCAGUGGUAUCUACUGGCUCCACCUUAACUACGGCCAGUGGUUUGCCAGCCCCCGCAAGAUCGCCCUGACCGUGCUGAAUGCCGGUAUCGCCGUGUUCGGUUUGGUGCUGUGUGUCCUGGGUCUCUAUGCCUCGGGAACAGCCAUCCACAACGAUGCCAACAGCAACAGUUUCACCUGUGCCAACACGGACAGCUGAAUGUGCAUCUAUAUAUAUAGACUUUACAUCAUUAAUGGCGUUUAUGAGCGAAUUCUUUUGCCGCGUGUCUGGGACCGCGGCAGAUGACGGCGUGACGGGUUUAUUUGCAUGACGGACUAGCUAAUGAUUUAUUCAUGAGUACAUAAUAUGUUAUCAUCUAUCUUCCUAU